AUGUUGCGCGCCAUCCCCCAGGAAGAGAGCAACCGGACGUUGAUUUUCGGUCAAGCUGUUAGCCAAUCAAAUUUGAACUUGCUUUCCCGCCGUCCAGAGCUGAGGCAAGCUGUGUGUGUAAAGUAUGCCAUGGUCGGAGGAGGAAGAAGCACUGUAAAUACAACACAGCCAAGAACAGUUGACCUGAUGAAUGGUAUUGGAUCAACAUUGGUAACGCAGUUGCCUUCCAUUCCACCGGUUUGUGUCAACCCCAAACUCACACCAACCAAAAUUGGUUCAAAUUGUGUGUUAAAUGAGCAAGUCAACUCUUCCAUUCUUCAUUUUCAAUCUUCGUUAAAAUCCACCUCCACCCUCUCUUCAAUUGAGGGAGAUGGAAAGUCAGCUGAACUGGCAUCUGAGAAAGCAGAAGCCAAAAAAGUAGCCUCAAUCUCAAUGGAUCAGUCGACUCGUCGAAGGAAUCGCCAUGCACCAAAGACAGGCGAGGAGUUAGGGGAUACAAGUAAUGACAAUAGCUUGAAUGAAAGCAAAAUGAAGGUUCCAUUAAAGGACCCAAAGACUAAAGUUGGAACGAUCCCCAAGGAUAGUUCAAAUGCUCAGAAAAAGACAGACCCUCUUCUUGAGAAACAUGAAAAACCUGCAAAGUGGCUUGUAGGGGACCUGAUUUGGUCGAAAGUAUCUGGUCAUCCCUGGUGGCCUUGCCUUAUUGCUUGUGAUCCUGUUGAGGGAGUCUACACAAAAGUUAGAGUCAAAGGCAAGGGUUGUGUGCGGAACUACCAUGUCCAGUACUUCUAUGAUGAACCUGAGCGAGCAUGGGUGAGUGAAAAUGCCACGCUGGGAUUUGAAGGGAAAGACAAGUUCUUCAAAUAUGUAGAAGACAUGCUAGAGAGAGCCCCAGCAAAACAAAGAUCCCAAAUUUCCCAGAAAUACGGGGUCAGUAAGCAUAAGCGUCCUGUAUGGGACCGCGCUGUGCGAUUAGCUGAGGCAGCCCUGCCCUUGUCACAUGUUGAGCGGAAAAUGCGCUACAUAACAAAUAUCAACAAACAAACAGAGAACAGCAAAGUUGAAGAAAAACCAUUGCAGCAACAACAACAGCAGCAGCAGCAUCAGCAGCAGCCAGGCACGGAAGAGCAAGAGAAAUCAGGUGAAAUUCCGAAACCUGCUAAGGUUGCUUCCAAAAAUCAGAAGCAAAAGACUGAGAACAAUAAAGUUAAAAGUGACUCGUGUCCAAAUGAUAAUGUGUCCGUGCUAAAUGGAACUCUAGCUAAGAAACGCAACUCCUCUGCUGGCCCUAUGAAUGACUCUGUUGUAAACAAUUCAUCUCCUCAGCGAAAAAAGCAAAAAAUGUCUGGUGGGGCUGAUCAGAGCAGCACCAGUGUAGCACCGAAAUCAGGGAAAGAUGACGGUUCUUUUGAUAUGUUUUGUCAGAAACAUAGGGAAGGUGUUCUAUCAGAGCACACAGACUUUGAUGAGCAAAUGGUAGUUGAAUAUCUCAGGCAACAGUGGAGUAUGAUGAGUCAGAAGCAGAAAGCUCGUUACAAGUCUAAGUUUGGUGGUGGAGGAGGAGGAGAAGGUAGCGUUACAAGCAGAGCUACAUCAUCAGACGAACCAGUCAAAGAAGAGCCAGUGAAAAUGGAGGUGAAGCCCACUCAAAAACGGGGUCAAAGUGUAAAGCGAACCCCCAGAGUGAGCAAACCUUUAGUGAAGAAAACUGACAAAGGCAGCAGUGAGGGAACGUCACCACCUGAAGUGCAGGUAAAAAGAUCUCCACGAGUGAGCAAGCCAUCAAUUAAGAAACUAGAAGCUGAAGAAGAUAACAAACUCUUCACCGAAUACCAGAAACAACAGUGGUUAAAUUCCAAAUCAAAUGCAACAGUAUCUACGAAAAGCAGGAGACAAGUGCAGCCAAAAAUGCGAUCUCAGAAAUCUGCCAACAUCAAGAGUCAUUUGUUGGGAACUCAGGAUUCAGAUACCUCAUCUGAGCACCAGACAGACAAUGGCAUUAGUGAUAACCAAACCAAAGAAGAGGAAGAAGAAAGGAACGUACGGCAGCAACGGAGAGGGAGGGCUGUUCCAAAGGAGGAGACUUUGGAGGGAUCCUAUCAUCUACACUGUCUUGGAAUGACAUCCUCACCACCAACGUCUUCUUUUAAAUGUGAUCAAUGCACUACAGGUUUGCAUUCAUGUUUCUGCUGCAAACAAACUGGUAAUGUGAAAAAGUGUUCUGUGGUCCACUGUGGCAAAUUCUAUCAUGACACGUGUGUUAGGAAACACCCACUAACACGGGCAGAGAGCAAAUCCUUUAUUUGUCCUCUCCAUCUCUGUGUCACUUGUUCAGCAGAUACAAGCAGUUCAAAAAACCCUAAAGCCGCUAAAGGUCGUUUAUGUCGUUGCUUACGCUGCCCCACAGCCUACCAUGUCGGAGACUUCUGUAUUGGUGCCGGUAGUGUUAACAUGGCUGGAAACAAUAUUAUUUGCAGCAAUCACUUUGUGCCACCUAAGAACAAAAAGGCUGCAACACAUAUUAAUGUUAGCUGGUGUUUCAUUUGUAAUUUAGGUGGUACCUUAUUGUGUUGUGAUAGCUGUCCAGCCGCGUUCCAUGCUGAUUGCAUCAAUAUAAGCUGUCCAGAAGGCACUUGGUAUUGUCAAGAUUGUGCCCGUGGGAAAAAACCACUGUAUGGUGAUAUAGUUUGGGUGAAAGUUGGUAAUUAUAGAUGGUGGCCAGGAGAAAUUUGUCAUCCCAAAAAUGUCCCCAUGAACAUUCAACAAAAACCUCAUCAAAUUGGUGAAUUUCCAGUCAGGUUCUUUGGGUCUCAUGACUAUUACUGGACAAAUCAAGCUAGGGUGUUUUUAUUCCAAGAAGGAGAUAAAGGGAGCAAAGAUUCUUCUGCUACAAAAGGUCUGGCAAAAAUCUUUCAGGCUGGAAUUGCAGAAGCGACAGAAGCAUUUAAAUUGUGGAAGACAGCAAAAGAAAAUCGGGAUCAGCUGGAAAAUGAGAAAAUUGGAAAGAAGCCAGCACCAUUUAAAUUUGUUAAAACCAAUGUUCCGGUUGGAAAUGUACUGAUACAUAAAGCCGACUUGUCUGAAAUUCCUCGCUGUGAAUGCCGGCCGGAUAUGGAGAACCCAUGCGGUUCAGACUCUGAGUGUCUCAACCGGAUGCUCAUGUAUGAAUGCCAUGCACAGGUGUGUCCUGCAAAAGAACACUGCCAAAACCAACGCUUCACCAAGAGACUCUAUCCAGAUUCUGUACCUGCCAAGACGGCCACUCGCGGAUGGGGAUUAAUGACCAAUGUAGAUAUUAAGAAGGGUCAAUUUGUAAAUGAAUAUGUUGGGGAUUUAAUUGACGAAGAAGAAUGUAAGAAAAGAAUAUUAAAAGCUCAUGAAGAUAAUGUUUCCAACUUUUAUAUGUUAACAUUGGACAAAAAUCGGAUUAUAGAUGCUGGCCCCAAAGGAAAUCUGUCACGAUUCAUGAACCACAGCUGCCAACCUAACUGUGAAACUCAAAAAUGGAUGGUCAAUGGUGAUGUACGGGUUGGUCUAUUUUCCCUGCAUGAUAUACCAGCAGGUUCUGAGUUAACUUUUAAUUACAACUUAGAUUGUUUGGGUAAUGAAAAGAAAAUCUGUGCUUGUGGAGCCCCAAAUUGUAGCGGUUUCCUUGGUGUCCGUCCUAAGUCUGUCAUCAGUCAAUCUGAUAAGAAAGCAAAGGAUAUGAAAAAGAAAAAGAAGCGAAAGAGAGGCAAGCUUGAUUUGAAAAAGCAUGAAGAUGAAUGUUUUCGCUGUGGCGAAGGGGGAGAACUGGUGAUGUGUGACAAAUCACAAUGCCCUAAAGUCUACCAUCUCCAGUGCCUCAGUCUUACCAAACCACCGCAUGGUCGAUGGACCUGUCCCUGGCAUCACUGUGACGAAUGUGGAAAGCAGUCUGUCAGAUUGUGCCAUGAAUGCCCCAACUCGUUCUGUUCCCAGCACAGUGAAAACAACAUUUACACUGUUGAUGGACGAGAAGUUUGUUCCGAUCAUGAGGAUCUGCUUCUGGGUGUUGUGACGUCUUACGCUAAUGGCCCCACCAAAUCGGAAAAGGCCAAAUUCCAUUCUCUAUGCACUCUUUCUAUCACUCUCUCUCUCUCUCUCUCUCUCAUUAUAUAUUUGAAGUUUAAAAACUUCUCAGGCUGUGUUGGUUGGAGAAUUGGUGGCUGA